GGAGGGGAUAGGGCUGGACAAGCUGGGUGUGGGGUACGCUGGGCUGGUAUAGAGGCCGUGUCCGCAGUGAGCGGGUCCGAUCGGGCUUGUGUUUUCCUGAAGGGACAGCCCCAGCUCAGGGGGAGAGAAUCCCUGCCUGUGAGACCCGCCCUCUCUGGCCCCGGCCCCUCCCAGUUCCCCCAGCGACGGCCGCUUCCUGGUCCCCGUCACAACCAUGGCUGAAGAACAACCGCAGGUCGAAUUAUUCGUAAAGGCUGGCAGCGAUGGGGCCAAGAUUGGGAAUUGCCCCUUCUCCCAGAGACUGUUCAUGGUGCUCUGGCUCAAGGGAGUCACCUUCAACGUCACCACCGUUGACACCAAGAGGCGGACCGAGACGGUACAGAAGCUGUGCCCAGGAGGGCAGCUCCCAUUCCUGCUGUACGGCACCGAAGUGCACACAGACACCAACAAGAUUGAGGAAUUUCUGGAGGCAGUGCUGUGCCCUCCCAGGUACCCAAAGCUGGCAGCUCUGAACCCUGAAUCCAACACAGCUGGGCUGGACGUAUUUGCCAAAUUUUCUGCCUACAUCAAGAAUUCAAAUCCAGCACUCAAUGAUAAUCUGGAGAAGGGGCUCCUGAAAGCCCUGAAAGUUUUAGACAAUUACUUGACAACCCCCCUCCCAGAAGAAGUGGAUGAGACCAGUGCCGAGGAUGAGGGCAUCUCUCAGAGGAAGUUUCUGGAUGGCAAUGAGCUCACUCUGGCUGACUGCAACCUGUUGCCAAAGCUCCACAUAGUACAGGUGGUCUGUAAGAAGUAUCGGGGAUUCUCCAUCCCGGAGGCGUUCCGGGGAGUGCAUCGGUACUUGCGCAAUGCCUAUGCUCGGGAAGAGUUCGCCUCCACCUGUCCAGAUGAUGAGGAGAUCGAGCUGGCCUAUGAGCAAGUGGCCAAGGCCCUCAAAUAAGCCCCUCCUGGGUGCUCCCUCCCCACCUCCAAUUUCUCCACAUGGCUACCCAAUGAACACAUUCCGAAAUGGCCAGUGGGCAGAGAAUCCUGGAGCACUUGUACAGGGCUGGCUGAGGGGAUGAGGGGAAAGGAUGGGGGAUAUGGGUGAGAUUCUUAU